AUGAUCGCCAGGUUGUUAAUGUUGCUGCUGUGCGCAGCAUUCGCGUGGUGUGCCGCUGACGAUAAUGUUUUAGCUUGCACGAAGUUAGGAUGUAUCAAAGGCUCCUUGAUGACAACGAGGCUGAAUAAAACAAUCUGCGCGUUCAGAGGGAUUCGUUAUGCGAAAGCGCCCGUGGGAGAUCGACGAUUUAAGGUUCCCGAGUCAAUUGGCAAAUGGAAAGGUGUCGUCGAUGCCAGCCAGGAAGGUCCAUCGUGCAUCCGGCCAGCCGGCAGAAACCUUUCCGAGGACUGUCUUGCAUUGAACAUCUACACGACGAACCUGAACUCGUCCACUAGAAGACCAGUAGUUGUAUUUUUUCCACCGGGAGGAUUCACCGGCUACUCGGCUCAAAGUUACCUUUGGGGACCAGAAUACUUUCUCGAUCAAAACAUCGUCUUGGUCACCGUCAACUACCGUUUAUCAGCUUUAGGUUUCAUAAGCACCGGUGACCAUCACGCACCCGGCAAUCUCGGCUUGAAAGACCAAGUAGUCGCUUUAAGAUUCAUUCGCGAGCAUAUUGCCACUUUUGGUGGCGACUCUAACACCGUGACCAUCACCGGUUACAGUGCCGGAGGAUGGAGCGUCGUUCUCCACAUGUUGUCACCGAUGUCCAAGGGUCUCUUUCAUCAGGCUGUAGCUAUGAGUGGCUCCCCGCUGAAGCCGAAGUUGCUUGAUGGCAAUAUGAGUAACAUUGCCAAGAAACAAGCUUCUUUCGUUGGUUGCCCCACUGACAACCUCGACAAGAUGUUUGAAUGCUUGAGGAAGGUGCCAGCGCAAGAGUUUGGCAGUAGUUUGUCAAAAUUUAACGAAUUUUAUGGCGAUCCGAUUUUGAUCUUCGCUCCGGUCGUCGAACCCAAAGUCAAGGGCAUCGAAAGAUUUCUCCACGCCCAGCCAGUCGAUAUCAUUAGAUCUGGUGAUUUCAACCACGUUCCUUUGAUCACUGGCAUCACUAAGGAUGAAAUCGUUGCAACCGUCUUACAUGCGAUCGAGAAUUCAAAAAAGGGCAACAAUUCGUACUUCGAAGACUUGAAUCGCGAAUGGGAGCGAGUUGCACCGAUUUCCUUCCAAUACGAUCGUACUGGUGAACAAUCACUAAACGCCAGUCGAGAAUUGCGAAAAUUCUAUUUCGGUAAUGAACCCAUUAGUAUCAAGAAUGCUGACAAGCUUGCGCAGAUUUAUGCCGAUGCUAUCGUAGGCUGGCCAAAUAAUCAGCUAGUGAAUCUUAUGGCAAAAUAUAACAAGAAACCCGUACGUCGUUACGAGUUUGUCUAUCAGGGUAGAUACAGCCAUCAGACGUAUAGCAACAACACACCUUUCGGUGUCGUCCAUCACGAUGACUUGAUCUAC